UUUGAAGACAUCCUCUUGAAGGUCGUUUGACGGGGGAGUUUUGAACUGUGUCGCUGCAACGCAUUCUUAGCGUUACUCUAAAAACUUAUAUUUUUAUCAUCGUUUUGUCUUGAUCUCGUGCUGUCUUUAUUUCCGGUUGCUGUCUACUGCUUGUUCUGUCGGCUCAAACCAAACUUCCGAAUGCACAAAUAAUGAAUCAUCUACCAAUUUUUUAUCACAUCAGAUUUUGUUUACUCGGUCGUACAGGACAGUCGAUCAGGUUUCGUUAUGUUCCUGACCCGGGUACGCUUGAACAGCGUUUGUUUCGAGAAGUCACGAAACCCGUUAUACCUCCUAUUAAUGUAAACCCAGUCGAACGGCGUCUACGCAGAAUGGAAGAGGCCCGUCUACGUAAAGAAACUAAUCCAUAUCGAAAUUUUCUGAUUGACAAAGCGAAGGAAGAUUUUUUCAAAGCAAUGGAUAAUAAUAUGGUACUAGUUUUUCAACAGCUAUAUCAUAAAGCUCGUGAAAUGGUGCCUGUACAAAAUAAAUUAUAUUUAAAGAAUAUGCAUUUCAAAGGAUUUCCAUUAUCGAUUUUAAGGGAAGCUUCCAAAGGAACUCGUUAUGAAAUGUUUACACGCUAUUUGCUCCAUUCAAAUAUUCCUAAUACAUAUUUAUUUGCUGAGCCUACUCCUGAAAAAUGUCGUGAAGCAAUAAAUAUAACUAAAAAAGUUCAUUUUCUUCUUUUACUCGGCGGUAUUGUUGAUUAUCGGAUUAUGACUGUACAGCAGCUGAAUGCAUUUGCUUCCUUAUCAUCUCAGGGCUUGGAUGGUGCACGUAGUCGAUUGGUUAUGCUAUUAGAACAAAAUCGAGGCGAACACAUUGUACGAGAUUUAAACUACCAUCAGUCUUUUAUUGUUGGUGGAUUAAAGAAUUUAUCUGAUGAAUUGAAAAGUGAUCAUAAAACGCCUUCGUCAGAAGAUUCAUGAGCUACAAUCAUUUUAGUCAAAUUAUUAAUUGUCCCUUUUUUGUAAAUAUUUUGAGUGAAUAUUAUUUAUUUAUUGUAAAUAUAAACAUUAUUUUAUA